CAAACAUGAAGGACAGUCUUGUCGUCAUCUGCCGUCAUUCCCAGGCCACCCACAACGUCGGCCUCGAUUACUCCCUGCCCGAUGCCCCUCUCACCGCCCUCGGCAAGGUCCAAGCCAGCAAGAUUCCCUCCUUCGUGGGCGCAGACCUCCAAAAGCAAGUCGAGCUCGUUGUCACUAGCCCCUUGAAGCGCACUCUCCAAACCACCCUCCGAGGCUGGCGUGCAUCAAUCGACAAUACGGGCGGAUUCAGCAAGGUGGUCUGCCUUCCCCAGCUCCAGGAAUGCAACGCCUACCCUUGCGACACCGGCUCUGCGAAAGAGGUGCUGGAAAAGGACACGGAGGUCAACAUGCUCGACUUCACCAACCUCACACCUGACUGGACCAGCAAGCAGGGAUUUUAUGCCGCAGACGAAAAGACGCUCAACGAGCGUGCGCGCUGGGUUCGUCAAUGGGUGUACGAGCGACCGGAGAAGACGAUCCUACUCGUCGGCCACGGGGAUAUCAUUCGCCGCAUUACGGGAGCUCCCGAGGCGAACUCGACGUACGCUUGGAGGAAUGCCGAGGUCAAGACGUACAAGUUCCGUGAUGGAGCUGAGGCAGACAAGGGCUACUGGCUGACGCCGGAGGGAGUCGACGUUGCAGCUGGUGGGUAUGAGCCUACUUCGAGUGAGAUGGACGAGGUAGAGAAGGCAGAGAAGGCGCGUGGUUAGACUCGAGGGCUGGCAUAGAGUAGACUUUGCGGCCCGUUGUAGGUGCCCGCGCCCGCCAACGUGGAGGCUAUAAUGCAUACCAUAGAGAGCAGC